CUCAGACCCAUGUGCACGAAAGGAAGAGGAAAACAGGAAAACAACCGCCGCUCUGCCUCUGCUGCCCUGCUCACAGGUUAAGAACCGUCAUGCUCAUCAGGGCUCAGAUGAAGAGGGCUGGGCUUCUCUCUCAGUUACAUUUCAGAAUGGCCCCUCAGGACCCACAUCAGCCUCAGAGGCUGCUGCUGCUCCACUCACUGCAGGACCAUGAUCUUCUACCUGCUCUUGGCUGCUCUCUCCCUCGGGAGUGUGGCUUUGCAGCAAGCAAACAUCACACAGGGAAGUUUGGGAAAAGUGAUGGCUGCGUUCUCAAAGGAAAACCGUACAAUGAAAACCACCAAUGUGACCUCAGCUGUGUCUGAAGAGGAUUUGACAAAACUUGAGGAUCAAAUUCACAGCAACCAAACCUCCCCCGUCGUCACGGAGGACGAUGAAAGAUUUCAAGACCAGGAGUUUGUUCUGGAUCUUUCACCACCUGGGUGUGACAGGAAACGGCUGAUUCAUGCCACAGACUCCAUCUGUGCUGACCGAUUUCACAAGGACAUGCAGGACCUCCGUGCAGACGACUGGUGCGUCCUGGAACACAUUCUCAGACCCUACAAUGACAUGACCUUAUGCGUGGAGAUGGUGACUAACUUGGUGGGCUGCUACUUUCCAAACUCCGACGUUCAAGAGCUCUUCCUGUUCCUCCACUCCAACUACUUCCACAACUGCAGUGAGGAGCAGCAGUUUGCAGACGCCCCUCAAAGCGUGGUGCUCACCCUCACCAUCGCCCCUGUCAGCCUCAUCCCCGUCCUGGUGUAUCUGGUCAUUCGCAGAAGCUAGAGCGGCGGAGGCCAAACCGAAACAGAGCGCACUUCUUAUCAGAAAAGAUGUCAAACACAACCGCAGUGUUGCACAAGUGGUUUGUUGUUGUGUCAAACAUUUUCCACAGCUUCCUUUUAUAACAGCUACAGACAGUUUCUGUCUACAGCUCCUCUGGAGAGAACUUUACACUUUUAGUGGCACAAAUCUUUACAUUCCAAAAUUCAUCACUACAUUUAUUAACAUUUUGAUAUUACUUAAGUGAAUAAAAAUAAAGAUGUUCUCGCAGAAAUGUUUUAUCUGCAAAUUACAGAUACAAAAAAAUAGCAAGAAUGUCAUCAUCUUUAACCCUUUAACACGUGAGUCGUCGUCAGUGACGCUUCAACACAACAUCUUUAACAUCCUGUAACCUUUCAACCGUUAACACGAUCAUUCCAGUCGAUUCUAAAUGAACUCAUGACAAUGACGGUAAACAGCCGAACUAAACGAUGAUGCAGUCAAAUGUUUUGUCUUGAGGUCUCAGCCGGACAUUUCGUAGCUGAGCUAAAACAGGAACACAUCCUGAUGACAGAUGUCAGCUCCUGAGUCCAGUGCUCUGCUCUUUCUUUGAGAAACACUGUUGCUGUCUUUAUAAUGUAAAACUGUGCAACAUGUAGGAAGUCAAUACAUUUAUAAAAGAUACUCUCAUGGAUGGAAUUAUAGCAGAUGAGACAAAUCAAUCAGAAACAAUCUGUGGUUUGAAAUGUUUGUGCAAACUUGUAAGAAAUUAGUUCAAUCAUUGUUAUUCCAUCAGAUUCUCAUAAACAGAAAUGUAUUAACUCACUUUACUAAAAAGCCAUAAAAACUAUUGCUAUUGAUGUUUAUAGAUUCAUGUCUUUGUUUCUCAUGUCAAAAAUCUCAGCAGCGUCUCAGCAGACAUACAUGUGGCAUCAAAGCCUUGAGGUUUCCUCUUGAAGAAGAGCCGGUGUAAGCUCCAGAAGCUCUCAUCAGCGUACGAGUUCUGCAGAACCCCCCCUGCAGCACAGAGAACUGCUUCUCGAUGUCCACACACUGAGAUGAUGCUUUGAAAAGCAUCAU